AAAAAAUAAAAAAGUAAAAAAAAUUCUAGGCAAAAUACGACGGAGGAGCCGAGAGAGGGGUUUGGCGGGAAAGCGCAACCGUCUACGAAAGUAGCGUGAAGGAGAAGUUUCUGGUUUCGCUCAAACCCAAAAACCUAACCAACAGCCACUUCUCCGCCGCUCCGACUCUCUCUGACGCCGGCGCCUCCAGUUUUCCGGCCACUGUUCCUCCGCCUCCGCCACGAGCUUCCUCACAAUGACGGUUCUGAGGUCCAGAGAAGUUCUCCCUCCUCCGCCCACUCCCAAAACCCUAGAAACCCCUUCCAACACUCUCCCACACCCCUCUACGCCUUCUCAACUUCAUGAAACCCACCCCCCUGGCCCCCACUCUCCUUCCCCCGCCGCUUCUGUCACUGAUUCUACUGCCUCCCCCGCCGAUUGCGUCUCCGGUCCCGGGGUUUCUCGGAGGCGGAGCUCUCGUCUUGCUGCCAAAGGGCUUAGCGCCGAGCAUUCUGCUGUUAACCCCGGGAGGAAGGAUUUGUGUGGACGGAUUACACGGGGAUCUACUGAGAUCAUAGCGGAGACGAUUGACGAGCGGGAUUCGGGCCCGGCCUUGAGUGCGAAGAUGGGGGUUCGUUCAAUUUGUAGCGGAGUUGAGGCUUUGGAAGUUAAUGAGGGAGCCGAGGGCUUGAGUGAACCUAUGCGGAGUAUUGAUUUUGGAAGUACAGGGUCGAAGAGCGACAAGGUUAAUGUUAAUGGGAAGAGAAAAUUGAUCCCCACUAUUGAUUCACUGGCUGGGGAAUUGGUUGAUGAAAGUCCUGAGAGUAAAAGGUGCCUCAGUUUACGUUCGGGGAAGAGAGUUUUUAAGACAGUGGAACAAGAGAAGGGUAUUAGCACACUUCAAAGUAAUAGUGAUGCCCUAGUUGAAGAGGGGCAGGAUUUAAAAGAUAAUGACAACGAUGCAAUUGCUCUGGGUGGAAGUGGAGAAGUUGUGAUUGAAGAACUAAAGGAGGAAUGCUCAAGAAUUGAUGAGAACGAUUGUAGCAAGAGCAGAAGUAGAUUCAGCCGAAGAGAUAAGGGCAAAUGGAUUGUGGAUGGCCAAAGUUCAAAUGGAAAUGACACGGUUGUAUUACAUUCUGAACUGAACGAUGAUGUGCUAAGUGAUAAUCUAGUAGACCAUCAAAAUUAUUGUUCAGCUCGUGAAAGACCAAAGGGAAUGGUAAUCGAAAAAGGUAAAAGAAAGUUUACUGAUACAAGUUAUAAUGAUGGAGCAGAUAUGGAUGCUGAUGGCUUUGCUGGGAUUGACCUAAAUGCCACAGAAGAAAAUGGUGAGGGGCAAUUGAUUGCAAGCGCUUUGUUGUCUCUAUCUGAAGAAGUUAGAAUCGAUUCAAAAAUGAGAUAUGAAUACUGUUCUGGAGAAGGUGAGGUUUCAUACACUCCGCAUCUGAGAGAUGAUGGUCAUCGGAGUGAUGAGAAUCAGGAUAUAGAGUCUAGUUCACAGGAGGAAGUUCAAGGUAAUAUUGCUGCCGAAAAUAGGCGGUUGUUAAUUCAGCAACAUGGCAAUGCAGCAAGAGAAUUUUCAAGGAGAACUGCUCUUGAGUUUGCUCAUUAUUAUAAUGAAGACGAUCAUAGUUUGUGGCAUGCUAGGGCUGAAGCUGAAGACAAUGUUGAAGACUGGCCGGGACCUUUCUCUACUGCAAUGAAGAUUGCUAGUGAUCGAGCGAAAGGUCUACGAGUUAGAAUGUCUUCCGAGGAGGAGCAUGUUCCUGCACCAGUUGUAUGGAUCCCUAGAAAGAAUAGGUGUGGUAGCCGCCCCAAGUCAUCGUCUCCUCCCUCUUUAAGAGAUUUAUGCUUAUGGGUUCUUGCCAAAAAUGCCGAUGCAAUUUCUUCACUGGACUUUGUCCCAGAUGCUUUCAGGCACAAGCUUUGUCGGCUACUAUGUGAUUCUCGAAAAAUGAACCAUCAUUUUCUGGAUCUUCUUCUAUGUGGAUCCCCAACAGAAGUUUGUAUAUGGGACUGUUCUUGGUUGUGUGAGGAGGAGUUUGUAAAAUCUUUCCAAGGGUGCGACACUAGCAAAUUAAUGAUACUGCAGCUUGACCAAUGUGGACGCUGUGUUCCAGAUUAUGUCCUAUUGUCUACAUUAGCUCAGUCAUCAAAUAGCUUACCUGCUCUGAAAUCAUUGUCGCUUAGUGGUGCAUGUCGUCUUUCUGACAUUGGUAUGGCAGCACUUGUAUCUUCUGCCCCAGCAUUGCAAUCUUUAAAUCUCAGUCAGUGCUCCUUUCUCACCUCCUCAAGCAUAGACUCUAUAGCCAAUUCUCUGGGAUCAACUCUAAGGGAAUUGUAUCUUGAUGAUUGCCAAAACCUUGAUCCAAUGCUAAUGAUUUCUGCAAUGAAGAAGCUCGAACAUUUGGAAGUGUUUUCAUUAGCUGGAAUUAAAGACCUUCAUGACAAGUUCUUUCAAGAAUUUCUGACAGAUGGGGGUCAUAAUCUGAAGCAACUCAUUUUAACCAAUUGUGUGUAUGUUCUUGGACACAUCACUAUGGAUGAUUGUUGCCAGUACCAUAAUGUUAUAUCAUUUUACUUUCUCCUUGAACUGUGCUUUUCCUUUUUGAGGUGCAGGGAAUUGACCAAUAAAUCCAUUAAAGCAAUCUCAGAGAAUUGCUCUGCUCUAUGUGCAAUAGACCUCGUGAAUUUGUUGAGGCUAACUGAUUAUGCUUUAUGCUGCCUUGCAAGUGGUUGCCCGGCUCUUCAAAAGUUAAAACUUUCUCGGAAUCUAUUCAGUGAUGAAGCUGUUUCUGCAUUCGUGGAGAUUUCUGGAGAAAAUUUAAAAGAACUUUCCCUAAACAAUAUCAAAAAGGUUGGCCGCAGCACAGCCAUUUCGCUAGCCUGUUUUUCUAAGAAUUUGGUUAGCCUCGACCUUUCUUGGUGUCGAAAUCUGACCAAUGAGGCUCUCGGCUUAAUUGUUGAUAACUGCCUGUCCCUAAGAGUGCUUAAACUCUUUGGAUGUUCUCAGGUAACGGAAGUGUUUCUGGAUGGACACUCGAACCCGGAGGUAGAGAUCAUUGGACUGAAACUGUCUCCUGUUUGGCCGCAAAAGCCUUACUGAGGUCCGAGUUACUAUUCCUCUGUGCUAUCCUCGUGUUAAUUUUGGUGGAUCGGUCUUUGCUUUGAAUCAUUUUGCUGCCCUCCAUGAACACUAAAAUCUAAUAGUUAUCUGCAUGGGAUUUUUGUUCUUGACCUAUAUGAGGCUUUCGACGAAAUACUUGUAUAUGAACUGUAAAUGCCAGGGGUUUUCUUUUUUGUUGAAACAUUGUAAAUAGGUAUAAUACCAGAAUGGUAGAAUAUUACUACUGUUACACCUCAAAUUUUGUUGAACUCGGAAGUAUAUUCAGAAAACAAUACUUUUAGUGAGUUUCAAUUGUCAGUACAAGAACCUUGAUAA